AUGGCGUCUCACGUUACCGUCAUCGCCACUGACUUGCGCCGGACAACGGUCAAGGUCAACCCUGGAACAUACAUGACAGACGUUCUCCAAGAAGCUUGUAAGAAGCUCAACCUCGGCAGCGACAAGUAUCUCCUCAAGACAAGACAUAAGCAGAAGCAAGUCGAUCUUUCGGUUCUUUGGCGCCAAGCAGGCCUCAUCCCCGGCGCAAAGCUUGAGCUCGUCCAAAAGUCAAACACACCGUCCGCCGUAUCCGUAGCCCUUCAGCUCCCCUCCCCCGAAUCCAAUGCGACUCCAAACGGACGUGUUGUCGACAAGUUCUCCAGCGAGUCCUCAUUAUGGAAAGUCCUGCGCCAAUUCGAAACCCGGGUCUCGAGCCAGGGGAAGAACCUCAACCUGACGGCGCGGGGCGUGGCGCAGACAACGGCUGGUGGCCAGACUGGUAGCGGCCAGCUGUUCUACGAAACACCGGUUCUCAACAUCAUGGGCAGGGAGCUGGCCUCCUUUGCGGACUUUCAGAAAACCCUGUCCCAGCUGGGGUACAACUCGGGCAGCGUGUUGAUACGCCUGUCGUUCAGAAAGACCGACAAGACGCUGUUCGAGUCCAUGACGGAGAUUAGUCAGUUCUUCGCGGAGGUGGAGGCUGAAGAGAAAGAAGCCGCGGCCGUGCCUGCAACUACGGCUACCGUCCCUGAGACGGUGGCGCAACCCGAGCCUGACAGCACGCCUGAGCAGUCAACGGAUGCUUCAAUUCCUGCACCGGCUUCAGCUCAGCCCGAACAAACUCCAAGCGACGCCAUGGAUGUCGACCCUGCACCAGUCACCUUGCCUUCAGACCCGUUGCAGCCAGUGGGCGUCUUUCAAGCGCCCACAGGCACGACAAUAGCCGCGGCAUCCAUGCCCAUGUCCGAAAGUGACUUCACGCCGUCCAUCCAGCAAGCGCAACUGCACCAGGCGCGACUCCUGCAGAGCUCCCAUAACAAGCACCUGCCAUCGGAUAAGGAGAUCGAAGAGAAGGCGCAAGCCGAAGAGGCGAGACUAGCCUCUGUAUCCUCGGUUCCUGUCAAGGUUCGUUUCCCCGACAAUACAUCAGCUCAAUGGGUGUUUGGUCCGGAGGCGACUGGCGCUGUGCUUUACGAGGCGGUGCGGUCCGUCAUGGCCAAUGGCGGACAAAAGUUCCGGCUCGUGUUGCCGGGAGGCAAGGAUGUCGUCAAGGAUAGCCAGGGCCCUAACACUCUCCUGAUCCACGACUACAAGAUGACGCGCAGCGUGCUCGUCAACUUUGUGUGGGACGACAGCGUGCCGGGGGACGUGAGGAAAAAGGCUUUCUUGAAGGAUAGCGUUGCACAGCGCGCGACGGCAGUCAAGGUGCCAGAAUUGCCCAAGGAGCAGGAGGUGGACGACCGGGUUCCGGUUGUACCGAGCUCCAAACCAGAAGGCAGCGAUCGGGGGGAUGGAGGCGCAGGGAAGAAGCUACCCAAGUGGCUCAAGUUGCCUGGCAAGAAAUAG